AUGAGUGUAGAGGACCAACAAUAUGAUCCGGCCGCGUAUGGCGGGCAGCAUGUGGUUGGCAACAGCGCUCCUCCUAUCGCUUGUUGCCAAAGGUCGAACGCCUGUGAGUCGUCAUUGGGCAAAGAGGCGGUUUGUCGUCACUGCAGAUGUCCCGCCGAGCGACCCCCGUGUUGCUGCGAGGCGUUCCAGGGGGGUUCUGGGAUGCAAAGCCAUCAUUACCGCGGUGCCAAACAUCAAACAUCACCAUCACAUUAUCAUCAUCAACAUCAUUAUAGACAACAGCAAACAGAGGGGGGAGUAGAACAGCUUCAACAAGGCUCUCGGUCAUCAUCUCGACGCUGCUUUUGCUGCGUUCCAGAGCAGGAGGAGCUGCAGGAGUACGAGCGCCUGGAAAAGGAGCAGAGAUAUCGUUCAAUGCGUGCAGAGCGACAGCAGCUUCAGGCUGCAUUAUACGAUGAUUUAUUUUGUGGUGUGACCCCCCGACAUGAGCCUUCGUCUGAUUAUUCAUACAGACCAAACACAGCCCAACUCCUCCGUUAUUCUCAGGGUUCUUUAUACCAGCGUGCCGUCGCAAUGGAGCAGGAACGCCGGCGACGGGAAUUGCGUAAGGAGAUUGAGGCGAGGAAAAGGGAGCUGAGCGCGCGUGGGCCCAUGCAUCAGCCAAUUGCUUUCUUUACUUCCGUAGACGGUGUGAAAAGGCCACUUGCCCCUGCUCAACGGGCACGUGGGCGCGCCUUUGCGAACUCCCCUGUGCGUGUGUGCCCCACAACCGGUUUAAAGCAGCACCAGCAACCUGGUCGCAACGUCCAAGCCGCAGCAACGAAGCCGACGGCAGUGGUGAGACCACGCUGCGAGUGUAGAAACCGCGGUUCUUCAUACUUGCGUGGGCGGAGGCACCAUAAAGAGAGAGAUACUCAUGUACAAGACACUACGCCUCUUACGGCCGACACCAGUAGGGAGCCCGUGUCUGGGCCACCUGCUGCAAAUUCCCUCUCUCGUUGCAGGUGCAAGGAAGUGCAAAAGGCUUCUUCUCCAGCUCCGCCAUUACGUGGUGGUCAAUACGAGUGUCGUUGUAAACCGUGUAGAUGUUGCAGUUGUGCUGAAAAGGCCCACUCUGCGGGUGUUGUUCCCACCGUUUCCCACACUGUGGACGCCAUGCCGGAAGCGCCACGACAAAAAGAAGAUAAAGAAAAGCCUACUGCACCUUUGCGGGCUGCUACUGCGGUGCCACGGAGGCCAUCAUCGCUUCCGGCUUGUUUGCGCCGAACUGCCAUUGAUUACGGCAGGAAGAUUUAUAUCACGGACGAUGCACAUUUGUCUCGUCGAGCUAAAGUUAUUGAGCUGUUGGAGCAGGACGGCUACGUGCGACUCCUGACCCCUACGACGCGCAGUCCAAGUGCACCACUGCCUGAAAAGGCCCGAAGGUGGGCAACGACGCGCAGUACCAGCGCCCAUCGCGUGUGUGCCUAA